ACUGUUUCAUAUUUGAAUUGUUUUAAAUAUAAAUGAGACUUAUCACUCAAAACACAUUUUCUUGAACGAUCAUUUUAUUUCCAACGUUGUACCGGAAGUACCGUCUCUUUUUCUUUCUGCUGUCAUUCCGCGCGACUUGACAGCUGAGCCAAAAGAAGUGACGCUGCAAGACAAACAAACGGAGGAGAGGCAGCUCGGACGGAGGCAGAGCGAGGGAGCCUGUAUCCUGACAUAUUGUCAAAAAUAUUUCGGAUAAUGCAGUCUUCCAGGAGGAGCGAGACUGACUGGCAGGGGCUGGUCAGCGAGUUCCUGGUGUGUAAGCGCAAGCUGGAGAGUAAGAAAGAGGCCCUGCUCAUUCUGUCCAAGGAGCUGGAUACCUGUCAGCAGGAAAGAGACCAGUACAAGCUGAUGGCCAACCAGCUGAGAGAGCUCCACCAGGCACUCAAGAAAAAGUACAGAGAACUCAUUGAUGGUGACCCCUCUUUGCCACCAGAAAAACGCAACCAAGUGAAUCUAGCUCAGCUGUUGAGAGACUCGAGAGAACGAGCGAAACAGCUCACUGAGGAGUUGAAGGAGCUGACUCAGAGGCUUACGGAGGCCCAGGGAGAUAACAAGCUCCUGAGGAUGACCAUUACUCGACAGAGGCUGGGGGAUGAGGAGGUGGGAGCACGCCAUUUCCCCGCCCAUGAACGGGAGGAUCUAGUUCACCAGCUAGAGAGAGCGGGGCUACAGAUGGAGGAGAUGGAGCACAACAUGAAAGCUCUGACAGAUGAACUGCAGGACGUGAAGGCGGAGCGCAAUGCGUUCAGGGAGAAAGCCUACCGGCUCAACGUGGAGCUCAACCAUGUCUUGGGCAACCGGGAGGCACGCAUUAUUGAUGUGGAUGCCCUCUGCAUGGAGAACAGGUAUUUGCAUGAACGUUUCAGCCAACUACAAGAGGAGGUGAAUCUGCUGAAAUCUAACAUUAUGAAGUACAAGACAGCUCUUGAGAGGAGGAAAAACUCCAGCACAUAUGGGAAAUCAAACAAUAGUCCCCUCACUGGAGUCCUCUCGGCCAAACAAGUCCAGGAGAUGCUCCUGGAAGAGCAAGGCUGCAGCCUGCCAGCAACGCCUCAGUCCAUCCACGACCUCAAGUCCCUGGCCACGGCUCUGCUGGAGACCAUCCACGAGAAGAACCUGGUCAUCCAGCACCAGAGGCACACCAACAGGAUCCUCGGAAACAGAGUCUCAGAUUUGGAAAGGAAGCUGAAGACGUUGGAGGUUUCAGGACUGUGGAGCCUUCCAGGGACACGAGACAUCACACUGAAUGAAAACCUUCAACCGGAGCUUCAUCCAACACAUGCCACAUCUUACCCAAACAUGCAUCCCAGAGUGCAGCCACCCAAAGUUGUGUCAGACGGCAGAAGUUCACAUGAGUCAUUGUGGGAAUGCCACACCGCUGGCAGCAACCUUGGCACAGAUGGCGUCAGCGGGGAAGACGCACCUGCACUGCUCAACAGCCUGGAGCCUCUAGUGGGGGUGGAGACGAAUGGGAUUGACAGGAGAGGGGGAGAAAUCGUGACCCUGACGGAAGAUCGAGCUGCCUUAGAGCUGGAGGAGGGGCGAAGUCCUGUGGAAGAGGCGGGGCACGAGGAAGAGGGAGUUGAAGAUGGAGAACUGGGUUCCACGGUAGAGGAAGGAGAAGAGGCAGCUCUGGCGCUAGGUGUCUCUGCGUCUACCGAAUCAGACCAUCCAUGGCUUCCAAUUAAUCAAGCCUCUGUUAAUCAUUCAGAGGUGGGUCAUCAGCCCUGUGACAAUGGGUCUAAUGAUGUACCUGAACAUAUAGAAGCCUCAGUAUCAAUUCCAGAGAACCAGGCCACAAAAGUGCCGAGUACUGCAGAGUGUGACACCUGUCAUAGUGACAACUUGGCAUGAUCUGAACAUCACUGAGAGACUUAAAAAGCUUAUUUAAAUACUCUUCCUUGCCGUCCUUAUUGAUAGUUGCAUUAAUGAUCCCAAGUUGCAUUCUCACAGCGUAGCCACUGCUCACUAACUCCCUUUUCAACUCUGUUUUAGUCAAUAAAACAGAAAACUCUUUUCCAGCCACCGUUGACAGAGCCGGACGUGCACUUUGCAUGUAGACAGGCUUGUUGCUGCGCAGGAACAGACAAUCUUGAAAUCAAUGGAGUUGCCCUACAGGAAAAAAAAAUUAGCUGGGAAAAUAACAAAAAUGGCAACCUCAACUCCUGCGCCCCAUAUUCCCUUCUUCCUUUCCCCUGCGAUGAGAUAAAUCCCAAUUGUUUGCUUUCUUCUUCUUCCUAAGGGAUGCCAAUAAAUUGAGUGCUGCAUUUUGUUGUUAGUCUCAUAGAGGUUCAAAUUGGCUUACCAAAACAUGUAAUGAAUGUGUUGUACAUAGAUGUAAAUUAAUAAUGUUAAUAUAAGAGAUUCUAUUGAUGUUUAUUCAUUUGUAAGGGUGAAUGUUACUAAUCAGUCAGUUUAUAUUUUUCCUCAUUUAUAAGUUGAUAUUCGGAUGAGACUUAAUGUGCCUUAUAUGUGGAAGUAUUUACUGAUAUUUAUAAAUAUAAAUACGUAAACCUG